AUCUGAUAAGGACCAACAUAUAUUUCAAAACUUGAAUCGUGAAGUCAGAAAUCUUUCGUGCCAGCGCAUACAUCUCUAACUUUGAAAGGACUUCUUCUUCGACAGACAUAAUGAGGCACGUGACCAGGUCCGUGUGGAUGUUGCUGCUGAUGCUGAUGGCGGCUGAAGCUUUUCUCGUCGACGACAAUCACGACGAGACACUGCAGGCAGCACUGACUGCCAUCGAGGAGCUCAACAGCAGGCUACAGGAAGUGACGUCACGCCUUCAUGCUGCUGAAAAGGCUUUGGCAGCAAACACCAUAAAGCUGUCCACAGACAGAAAUGACCUGACGUCCCUGAAGUCACGUGCAGUAUCGGGUAGUGAGCCUACGACCGGCGACCUUCUGCUUCCAAGUGAAGGGCAACAACCACAGGACAACGACUUCAUCUGGUACGGAGACUGGGUAUUAGCGUUCAGAGCCACGCGAGGUAUCGGCAAACCUGUCUACGACACCUGGACGGCCGUUGGACACCAUGACGACGACCCUGUGACCAGGAUAUCCUUACCGUGUGGCUGUACCUCUGUUGACGGCUCGCUGCCCUGUGACAGACACUACCGCAGUCGUCUGCUGGACACGUGGCCGUCAUCAUCUAUAGACCAGGUGAGAUUGGUGGUGUACAGUCACGGUGUUGAAAAGGCUCACGUGACGUUCAGAGGAACCGACAGUACCUACAUGUCGUGGUUCUCUCUGGAUCGGGUAGUUGAUUCUUCGUGGGAAGACCUCACAGCAAAAGCAACUGUCAACUACUUUUCUAUUCAAGGGGACGUGCAUUCCAACUUACGCAGACGCUUUUUCAUCAGCCACGCCUACGGGGAUUGCCCAAAAGACUUCGGGUGGUUCGUGGUGAAUGAUCAAAUGACGGCUGGCUGCACAUGGGAAAAAAAGAACUACUUUCCAUCUUUUAUGUACAGCCCCAGUGGGCACCUGAUACUAGAUAAUGAUCUGGCAGAAGGUGAUGUCAUGGCAGUUUUUGUCAAGUUUCGCCAAUCCGCCAACCUCGGCGAUGUGUGCAUGAGAUAACUGUCAACGCCACAGUUUGAAGUGUGCAGAGUAAUAAAGUGCUAACUUGUUGCAAACGUGACACCUCCACCAAGAAAUUGUUUUAAAUUAGAAAAAACUGAAUCCAAGGUUGAAAAUUAAAACAUUUCAAGAACUGA